AUGGACCUCUCUUCCAAUACAUUUACUGGUAAUUUUCCGGUUGAAUACUUUCAAAGCUUGAAGGCAAUGAUGUCAAAAAAAGGGAACAAGUCAGAACCACAGUAUAUUGGAGAUUUCUACUACACAGACUCGGUGACAAUCAUGAACAAAGGGCAAGAAAUGGAGCUAGUGAGGAUCUUGACCAUCUACACAACUCUCGAUCUAUCCAACAAUAGAUUCCAAGGGGAGAUUCCAAAAAUGAUUGAAGAGCUUACAUCUCUUGUGGUUCUAAACAUGUCUCACAAUGACUUAAUCGGCCAAAUCCCAUCAUCGAUUGGAAACAUGGAAGAGCUGGAGUCAUUAGAUUUCUCUCGAAACAAGCUCUCAGAUCAGAUCCCUCGGCAACUUGCUAAUCUUACCUUUCUUGAAUUCUUAAACCUCUCCCAAAAUCAUCUUGAGGGACCUGUACCACGAGGCAAUCAGUUGGAGACAUUUUUAAACACUUCUUACAUUGAGAAUCCAAGUUUAUGUGGUUUUCCCUUAUCAAGGAAAUGCAAAGAUAACAGUGAUGAUAUGCCACCACAAGGUGAGAAAUCAACAAAUGACUCCAAAUUUGAUUGGAAAUUCAUGUUAAUGGGUUAUGGAUGCGGCAUGGUUGGCACCAAUUGGGCAACUAAGAAAGUCCAACGGAGGAAGAUUGAGAAGACGAUGACAAUGUGA